AUGCUUCGCUUGAAUCCUCCAGAGAGCUUCAACUUCGCCAACCCAGUAGAGUGGCCUGACUGGAAACAGAGAUUCUCACGUUUCCGGAUGGCAACGAAGCUGCAUAAAGACGAUGGAGAAGUUCAAGUCAGCGUGCUCGUGUACUCCAUGGGGAAGGAGGCCGAGCACAUUGUGAAAACUUUCGAGUUCGAAGAGGGGGAAGAAGAUACGGAUUAUGAAACUGUGUUGGGCAAAUUUGAGAAAUACUUUGUGCCAAAACGGAAUAUUAUUCACGAACGUGCAAAAUUCCACUUGCGGAUGCAGAAAGAGGGCGAAAAUGUGGAAACUUUCGUGCGCGAACUCUACGAAAUUGCGGAGCACUGUGAUUUCACGGAUAAAAAUGAGGAAAUCAGAGACAGGUUAGUCAUUGGAAUACUUGAUAAAAAGCUAUCUGAAAGACUACAGUUGAAAUCAGACUUGACUCUUGAUAAAGCAAUCGAAUUGGCUAGACAGAAUGAGCUUGUCAAAUCUCAGAUUAAAGACCAAAUGUCGUCAAAACUGGUUGAUGCAGUAAAGGCUAAGAAACCCCCUACACAAAAUCAACCGACAAACAGAAAGUAUGGAACAUUUAGAGAUACACAGGGAUCUAGACCUGCACAGUACGCUAGUGGUCCACAGAAAGGAAGUCUGUGUUACAAGUGUAAUCGGUACCAUGCUAGGGAUAACUGUUUUGCAAAAGGGAAAAAGUGCAGAAACUGCCACGGCUUCAAUCAUUUCGCAGUAUGUUGUAGGAAGAAGAAAUCCGUACAUGAAGUGCAUGAAGAGGACACAAUGUUCCUCGGUUCAGUGACAAACUGUUGUGAUAACUCACCACCGUGGACAGUAAAUUUGAAAAUUCAUGGAAAAGAUGUAAAAUUCAAAAUAGAUUCCGGAGCGGAUACAUCCGUUAUGAGCCAUGACACAUUUUGCAAGCUUUCGAGACAACCUGAUCUCAUGCCACAACAAGCAGUGCUCAUAGGACCGGGUGGGAAACUGGAUUGUAUAGGCAUGUUCAGAGCAAAGACCAAGUUCAAAGGUCAGUGGUUUGACUUUACAGUGCAUGUUGUCAAGGGCAUGAGAGGAACCAAUCUGUUAGGACGCGCAGUUGCAGGGCAAAUGGGAGUAAUUCAGAAAGUUGAGGAAAUUGAGGUUGAUGAAGGUAUCUAUGGGUCUUUCGGUCUGGUUAAGUGUGAGCCAGUUAAAAUAGAGCUGAAAAAGGAUGCAAAACCGUACUGCCUUACGACUGCACGGAGAGUUUCGUUUCCAUUGAUGGAAAAGGUGGAAGCAGAACUGAACAAACUUGAAUCUGAAGGAAUAAUUCAAAAAGUUACACAGCCAACAGACUGGUGCGCUCCAAUGGUACCAGUCAGAAAAGCCAAUGGGAACAUUCGGAUAUGUGUAGAUAUGAAAAAACUCAAUGAUUCGGUGAAACGGGAACAUUAUAUGCUACCAAAUUUGGAUGACAUUUCUCCGAAGCUAAGUGGGUCCAAAGUGUUUUCAAAAUUGGAUGCCUCUAGUGGAUUCUACCAAAUUCCAUUGGACCAGGAAAGCUGUUUGUUAACAACCUUUAUUACGCCAAUGGGUCGUUAUUGUUUCAAACGUGUUCCAUUUGGGAUAACAUCUGCGCCAGAAAUUUUCCAAAGAAAAAUGACAGACAUUCUCAGAGAUUUGGAUGGUGUUGAAGUCAUAAUAGAUGACAUUUUGGUGCAUGGCAAAAAUGUCAAAGAACAUGAUAAACACUUAGAAAUGGCAUUGCGUAAGAUUCAAGACUCUGGGCUGAAAUUGAACAAAGAUAAGUGUGAGUUCCGUAAAGAGAGCAUUGAUUACUUUGGUCAUCAUAUAUCAAGUGAUGGAAUCCAACCUAGUGCCAAUCGUGUUACAGCAAUUAGAGACAUGGUUGCACCAUCAAAUGUGAAAGAACUUCGAAGAGUAAUUGGAAUGGUAAACUAUCUGGGCAGAUUCAUUCCAAACUUGGCGAGUGUGAUCAGACCAAUGACAGAUCUCUUAAAAGGAACAGCUGCCUGGACAUGGGAUUCAGUGCAGGAAAACGCAUUCAGACAAGUGAAAGAGCUCGUGACUAAUGCAGAGACAUUAACUUACUAUGACCUCAGAAAAUCAGUGGUAGUGAGUGCAGACGCCAGUUCUUACGGGCUAGGUGGAGCGUUAUUCCAAGAUGUAGAUGGAAAUGGACAGCUUAAGCCUGUAGCAUUCUGUUCACGUAAACUGACAGAAACUGAAAAGAAAUACGCACAGAUAGAAAAAGAGUGUCUCGCUUCUUUGUGGGCUUGUGAAAAAUUUGCUAGGUAUCUGGUAGGCCUUGAAUCAUUCAAACUGUUAACAGAUCACAAACCACUAGUGCCACUUUUGAACUCUCAAGACCUAAAUAAUUGUCCAUUGAGGUGCCAAAGGAUGUUGAUGAGACUGAGAGGUUAUAGUUUAAUCGCUGAACAUGUGCCGGGAAAGGAUCUUGUUGUGCCGGACACUCUGUCAAGAUGCCCAGUGAGCAAUGAAAAUUAUGAAUUUGUGAAUGAGAUAGAGUGUUUUGCGAUCAAUGUUGAGGCAUUACGCCCGGUGGCAGACAAACGACUCGAAGAAAUCAGAAAUGCCACAGAGAAUGAUACAAUUAUUCAAGAAGCCAUGAACUUUACCCGCUAUGGAUGGCCAGAAUACAUGAACAGUGUAUCCAAAAAUUUGAAAGACAUGUUUGCUUCACGUAGUGAGCUUUCGGUUUCUCAGGGACUGUUGUUGUACAGAGACAGGAUAGUGAUACCAGAAGAACUGAGAACAGAAGUGCUAGCUAGCAUUCAUGAAGGCCAUCUGGGUCUUAACAAGUGUAGAGCAAGAGCCCAAUCAUCAGUAUGGUGGCCAGGAAUAGCUAAAGACAUUAAGAGCAAGAUCGAAACGUGUCAGUUUUGUCAAGAACACAGACCAGCUCAGGUGAAGGAACCGUUGAUGGUAACGCCAUUGCCAAGCCGACCCUGGCAAAGGAUUGCGGCCGACCUCUGUGAGAUCAGCAACAAACAUUAUCUGGUUGUAACAGACUACUAUUCUAGGUUCAUUGAACUCUCAUACCUAGAGAAAAUCACCAGUGAGCUAGUCAUCGGUAAAAUGAAGAACAUGUUUGCCCGCUGGGGAAUACCGGAGGAGCUUGUGUCUGACAAUGGUACUCAGUUUACAUCGACAGCCUUCAAGAACUUUGCUCAAGAGUACAAAUUCAAGCAAACAUUCUCUAGUCCAUGUUUUCCGCAAGCUAACGGAGAGGCGGAAAGCGCAGUCAAAAUUGCAAAGAGAAUUCUGCGUCAGAGUGACAUAUUUGCUGCGCUAAUGGAGUAUCGAGCUACUGAAAUUGAGGCAACCGGGUUAAGUCCAGCAGAAAUGAUGAUGGGCAGAAAAAUAAGGACACUUUUACCUGCCUUGCCAGAGAAACUUACUCCAGAUUGGAUAGAGAGAGAUGGAAUGAGACUCCGGGAUGCCAGAUAUAAGGAACGAACAAGAAUUAAUCAUGAUUUUGCAGCAUCUCAGUCAAAACCGCUGCCAGAACUUCAACCGGGUGAUGCAGUCAGGAUGCGUACAGGCCAUGACAAAUCCUGGAAAACUACAGGAAUCGUUACUGGUGGGGACCCAGACCAUCGAUCAUACCAGGUGACAACAGCAACAGGGACGCUUCGCAGAAACCGCAGACAUCUCCAACUGACUUCGCGAACAGAAGAAGAUCCAGUUACGCGAGUGCAUAAAUCAUUAAUUAAUGUUCCAAGUGUGCCCCUCGAUGGGGAAAUCAGUGAUGAUGCAACGCGUGUGAUUCCAGUAGGCAGUGAAAAUGGACGCUGUGCCCGGCCAGUGCCUAAUCCGAUUACAUAUGGACACCGUGAUACUCCGGUGCCCGAUCAGAACGCGAAUGGACACUGUGAUACUCCAGUGCCAAAUUUGGGGUUUCAGGAGCAUAGCCCCAACAAAUCCAGUCCGUCUUCACCAGUCGUCACAAGGAGCGGACGUCAGAUCAUGAAGCCAAAGAAAUACAGUGACUUCGAGAUCUACAAUCUUAGUGGCUAA